CGUGUUCUGUGUAUAUACUGUUGCAACUUGCUGGAGCAAGCCUCGUCCAGUAAUGUUACCAUCAACACCCGUCUAUGAUUAGCCGCUUCCAGACAUUGCCUGUGUGGUUCCCCGGGGGCGGGCCCGGAGAGUGCUGGGGCAGUGUGAUUGGAGGGCAUUAGCACAAUGCUUGGCGCAACAGGAGGCACCGCCAGCCGCCCAGAUGCCGGGCAGAAUGUAACGGGUCAGGAGGAAGCGCCAGCCGAAGAGGGCGCUCCCCAUCAGCGGCAAGAAGUGGGGGCAUUGGACCAAAGAGAUGCCAUGAAAGGGCCCAUUAGUGCCGCCAGUGUGUCCUGUAAUAGAGAAGCGGGGGCUGCCUGCUGUGCUCCCUCCAACCCCCCGCAGCUAGCGGAUACCAUGCUUCCUCCGAAUAAGGAGUCUCCCCGGCCCAGUGCGGAACAACAGUCCCCCGAGAAGCGACGACUGGAGCCGAGCAAAGACUUGCAGAUGAGAGCGUUCACUUUAUGCAGAGAGUACCUGAGGGGGGUCUGGCGGAGCAUCCAGCCGCACCAGAUGCGAGUGUCUGUGGUCAGUGGUGGGCUCAGUAACCUGCUAUACAAGUGUAGUCUCAUAGAUGCAGUACAAACUCAAUCCACUGAACCACGGCAAGUUCUUCUGCGGAUUUAUGGAGCCAUCCUGCAGGGUGUGGACUCUCUCGUUCUGGAGAGCGUUAUGUUUGCAAUCCUUGCUGAGCGUUCACUAGGCCCACAGCUGUAUGGCGUGUUUCCACAAGGGCGUCUAGAGGAGUAUAUUCCGAGCCGGCGACUGGCGACUUCCGAUCUUAGUGUCCCAGAUGUGUCCAGUGAGAUAGCAGAAAAGUUGGCCAGAUUCCACAAGAUGGAGAUGCCUUUCAACAAGGAACCAGUGUGGUUGUUCAGGACUAUGGAGAAGUACAUGACUCAGAUUUCCUCUCUCUCCUUUACACAACCUGCUCUUGUGGAGAAGUUCAACAAGCUGAAGAGUUUUAAUUUGGAGGAAGAAAUGCAAAGUCUGAGAUGCCUGCUGGAAUCCACACCAUCUCCUGUUGUGUUCUGCCACAAUGAUGUUCAGGAAGGAAACAUCCUUCUCCUGUCAUCCCGUUCCUCCCACCCAUCUGACAAGCUCAUGCUAAUUGACUUUGAGUACAGCAGCUACAAUUACAGAGGAUUUGACAUAGGUAAUCACUUUUGUGAGUGGGUAUAUAAUUAUCAUCAUGAUGAGUGGCCGUUCUACAAAGCACAAAUGAGGGACUACCCUACAAAGGACCAACAGCUUCACUUUUUCCGACCGUACCUGUUGGAGAUUUACCCAGAGCUCAGCGAGGAGGAGCGACAUGUGCAGGAGGAGACCAUGUUUACCGAAGUGAACCGGUUUGCCUUGGCUUCACAUUUUUUGUGGGGUCUCUGGUCAAUUGUACAAGCAAAAAUGUCUACUAUCGAAUUUGGGUACCUGGAUUAUGCCCUCUCACGAUUUGAUGCGUACUUUGAACAGAAACUCCUCUGGUCUUGAAUUUCAAAUGGACGUCCAUCCAUAUGGUUAUCCUUCCGUAUUCUUUUCUCUUUUUUUUCCUGAUGUUGCAAUUAAUAGUCACACCAAAGAAUGUGCUUCCUGCUUGCAAUUGAUCCCACUGUUCCUUAAACACCUGACUCCAGCCCAACAUGUAUUCAAUAAUAUUUAGUGAGCCUAAAACUUCCAUCCUGUUUUUCAUAUUUAUCUCCUAACAUUCCCUAUAUAUUCACUACUCCAACUGGUAUACACAGACUCAAUUACGAAGCGCAAAUCAUCCUUUUUUGCAAUGCCAGGCAGAGAAGAGAAAUGGAGAUAAUCUGUUCCAAAUCAUGUAUUGAGUCGGCGCCACUGAUUCUCAAUUCGCUGAGCAGUACAUAAAUAUGAUUUUAUCUUGCGUAAGAGAUUAUUAAAAUACAGAGCAGUGUAGUGGGUGCAUUUAAAGGUCCAUUUCUUAAUAUUUAAAUGGGUUCACAGUUAUUCCUACUCCGUGAAAAGACUUGAAUUUUGCACCAGUUCAGAGCAGGCAGAGAUCAUUUAUUAAUGAGAACCAUUAUGGUAGAGAAGUGCAUUCCCAUGUGCACCAGUGCUUCAGAAAUCACACCACUGUAACUUUCACUGUCGUCCGUACAUCUCAGGCCUUGCACUACACUCACUCCUGAUCUUGUACUGACUGCUAUCUGAUAUUUAAACUAGAGAUGUGAGUGGAUCCCUGUGUUGUGGUUUUGGAUCUAAAGGCCCCAUACACUAGUAUGGCCUUUUUCUACUCUAUUUCGACCCAUCGAGACGAUAAGUUGUGUGAAAAGUGUCAAAAAGUGUGUCAUUGACUUCCGAUCCGAUGUGCGGUCCCGUGCGCAUUGGACCAGAUCCGGAGAUUGUCGCUGCUGCAUCAAGGAUAUAUUGCAGGGCUGGCCAAACCGGUCCUCGAGAUCUACCAACAGUUCAUGUUUUCCAGUCCUCCUGGAGAUCUGUAGAAUUGUCAGUUAGGAAUGAAUGCAGCACAUCUUAAUUAGUAAUGACUACACCUGAGCACCAGCUAGGUGUUCUGGAAAAUGUGAACUGUUGGUAGAUCUUGAGGACUGGUUUGGCCAGCUCUGAUAUAUUGUAUCCUGGAGCAGUUGGAUCGCAUGCAAAAUAACGGCAUACGAUGUGUCAUAUGCGAUAUAGCUGCCAGCGGGGAGUUGCCAAGUUCAUGCGAUACCUUGGCUUAAUGUAUGGCCACCUUAAUUCAUCAUUGUGUUUUGGUUUGGGCAAAACAACAGUGUUUUUGUUUUACCGGAAAAAAAAAAAAAACUGAUCAUUGCUAAAAAUUAGCAGCAAACAGAUAAAAUCAUAAAGUUUUUGCAAUCUCAAACCCAAACAUCGGAUAUAAAAUCCAAAUUCCAAACCGCUGGAAGAUCUGAACUGGGUUUUGGUUUGGUUCAGGUCCACAAAAUUAGGUGGAUUUGGAUUUCUGUAGGACCAAACCGCACAUCUCUAAUUUGAAACCUUCGACCUUCUUUUGCCUUACCUUCCUUUUGCCAUCAUUCUUUUUGGCUUCAUUCAGUUACAAACGUCUUUGUUUUCUAAGUAUUCACCUUCUGUACAUCUCUUAUGUUACUAGUAUUCACAUUUUGCACUAAUUUCUAGAAUUUUUCAAUUGAAUGCUAUUUUAUUGUUAAUUAUUUUAGUUAUACAAAGAUAAUAAUUCCAUAUACAUUUCUGACCUAGCCAUGUUGAGAUACUGUUAUUGCCAUGGACUCACCGGUUAUGUAACACUGUCCAUUUCAAGCGUGUUUAUCUACAUAGAAUUCUUACGGUUAAAUUGCAUUAUUUUGGUUUUAUUGUAAAAAUAAAUUUACUAAAUCUAGGAAGCCAGUAUGCUGAUGGCUGUUUGGAAAUAGUUUGUGAGAUUAGUCUUAUUUGCCAGUUUGAAAGGACUCCUGAAGCUACUGUACUGCAUUAUACAGUAAAAUAUAUACACUAUUUCAUUAAUCCUCAGUCUUCAGCAGCAUCCUAACUGAUGUACUGUAUGAUUAUGCCAGUAUAAUUUAUUCAGCAUUUUUAGUCAAUAAAAAAUAUGACCUAUAAAUAUAA